AUGGAAAAUUCAAUAAAGCUGAUGUUGUUUCUGUCUUUCUGCUUCGUUUCAAACCAAGCUUUGCUUGCAAAUGCCUCUGUGCCAGCAUUGUAUGUGUUUGGUGAUUCCCAUCUUGAUUCUGGAAACAACAUGCAUUUGAACACACCAGCAAAGCCUAAUAGGUGGCCUUAUGCAAUUGAUUUUCAUAAUAUAAGGGGUCGUUUCACCAAUGGAAGAAAUAUGGCUGACUUUAUCGCAUCUUACUUGGACUUACCAUUUCCUCCUGCAUACUUAAACCUCUCGGAUUCUGAAAGAAGUCAGACUACAACAGGAAUAUCUUAUGCAUCUGCAUCAUGCGGGAUCUUAAACACAACUGGAGCGGGAGAAUGCUUAACAUUAGCAAAACAAGUAGGAUGCUUCACAUCAACUGUGAAAAAUGAUCUUCCACAAGCAAUAAAGGAUCAAGAGAAGUUGCAAGAUCACUUGGCCAAUUCCCUAUACCUUGUCUUUAUUGGGAAUAACGAUUACCACGAUGCUAUGAGUCACAACGUCAGCAACAAAUUCAGUCCAGACAAGUAUGCAGAUAUCCUUCUUGAUGAAGUCACAAAACAUAUCAAGCAAAAGUGCACUUUAGUUCUUUAA